AUGAAUAAUACUAGUGGAGAUAAACAACAUAUGCUUGGUGGUGAUGAAGGUGAAGAAUUUAUUGUUGAACGUAUUGUUAGUCAUCGUUUUCGAAAUGGUCGAAAAGAAUAUUUACUUGCAUGGAAAGGUUAUCCUGAAGAAGAAAAUACUUGGGAACCACAACAAAAUUUAGAUUGUCCAGAUUUAAUUGAAGAAUAUGAAAAUCGUUUAUUACAAAAAACUCGUUAUAUGAAUAAUGAUUCAUCAACUCUUAAACGUAAAUCAUCACUUGAUCAAGCACCAGUACAUAAUAAACGUGGUCGACCACCACUCGAUCGAAAUAAUUAUGCUAAACAACAAAGUUCAUCAACACGUAUUGAAGAAGCAUCAGCAUUUGAUCGUGGUUAUGAAGCUGAAAAAAUACUUGGAGCUACAGAUGCAACAGGUGAAUUAAUGUUAUUAGUUCAAUGGAAAGGUACAAGUGAAGCUGAUCUUGUUCCAUCACGUAUUUGUAAUGUAAAAUGUCCACAAGUUGUUAUAAAAUUUUAUGAAGAACGUUUAACAUGGAUAACAACACAACAACAAACAACAAAUGAUACAAAUAAUAAUACAGAUAAUAAUAAUAUGAUUUCAUCACAACAAACAAUUAUUGAUAAUAAAAAUAAUCAAACAACAUUGUGA